GCUAUGUUUACAGCCAGCCUGACGAGCGACAGCUUCAGCUUCAGCUGUGAGCUAUUAAAAACCCUCAGACCCCACAGCUGAACACAAACCAGUACUGAGGGACUGGAGAUACAAGGAAAGAUCACAGCAACCCAGUUAUACCAUCUAUACCAUCUUUACCAUCUAUACCAUCUAUACCAUCUAUACCAUCUUUACCAUCUUUACCAUCUAUACCAUCUAUACCAUCUAUACCAUCGAUAUCAUCUAAACUACAGGACAAACCAGCUGAGAUCCUGAGACCUCUAACUUCUGUCUGUCUACAAUUCCUGAGUUUUAACUGAUGGCCUAAUAAAUUAUCAACACAAUGGAGAGCAGUGUGAAGACGGGCGUGACGGUGGUUCUGCUGGUGCCGGCGGUGGUGCUGGUGACUGCAGGGAUAUUUUACCUGUAUGGAGUGAUACUGCGGAUGCUGAGGAAAACAACAGUGCGGAAUAAAGUAGUGCUAAUAACAGACUCAGCGUCAGCUCUGGGGAACGAGUGCGCAAAACUGUUCCACAAGGGUGGAGCUCAGCUGAUCCUCUGUGGGAAGAGCUGGGAAAAGCUAGAAGAUCUGGCAGAACAGCUGGCAAACGAAUCAGAUCCAACUUUAACGUUCCCUCCUAAGUUAGUGGAGCUGGAUUUCAGUGAUACGGAGUCUCUGCCGGACGUGGUCUCGGAUGUUCUGGACUGUUACGGCUGUCUGGACGUGCUGAUAUUUAACAGCAGUAUGAAGGUGAAGGCUCCGGCACACACACUGUCUCUGGAGAUAGACAGGCUGGUGAUGGAUACUAACUACUUUGGACCCGUCACUCUGGCUAAAGGAGUCCUGCCCUCCAUGAUCAGCAGAAGAUCUGGACACAUCCUCCUGGUGAACAGCAUCCAGGGGAAACUCACCGUACCGUUCCGUACCACCUACGCUGCUUCUAAACAUGCAGUGCAGGCUUUCUUCGACUGUCUCAGAGCUGAAGUUCAGGAGUACGGAAUCUCCGUCAGCACCAUCAGCCACACCUUCAUCACCACAGCUCCAUCCUCCAUACAGUCCACAACCAGCACCUCCAGCAACUCCAACACCUCCAAAUCCAUCCUGUCAGAUCUCUCCAGACAGCAGCAUCACGGCGUCUCGGCGGCGGAAAUGGCCGGAGAACUUCUGAGAACCCUGAGCAGCAAAAACAACGAGAUCAUCAUGGCCAACUUUCUCUCCAGAGCUGCCAUCUACGCCAGAUCCUUCUGCCCCAACUUCUUCUUCUCUGUGAUUUCAGCCGGAGUGAGGAACGCUGGAGAUAUGGAGUGAUGGACACUGAUACUACCUGACUCUAUAUAAACCUGUCUAUAUAAAACUAAUAAAAUCCAUCAGUCUGUAAAUACUGGAUACAAACUAGGUUAUUUUGGGUUAAACAAAUAGCUGCACCCAGAAGGAAUCAGUUAUCUUACAGUCUAUUAUCGUUUAAACAGCAGCAGAGCUUCUGAAUAUAUCUACACUGAUGGGCGUGGUGUUCUGGAAAUGAGGUGUGUUCAGGUACAUUUCUGGAGUUUUAUCUUGUUUAUCUUGGUAACAGAAAACACAGGAGCUCCACUGACUGAAUACAACCUAGACAGACGCCAACAGUCAGACGUUCAUCGCUAUCUCGGUAACACAGGCGCUGUGCCGAGCCGAGCGUACACCCCCACUUAUUACACACACAUGAACACACAGCAGCACAAACCCAACUUUUACAUCAACAAUAAACAGAAUAGUAAAUAAAAUAACAUUGCUGUUCCCGUAAAUGAGCUGCUGGAGCUCCUUCACAGCGUCAACCAGCAGCUCAGUUUCCUCUGCUGAGAAGAGUUUGUUGAACACGUCCAGGUAGCUGCACCGUUACAAUAGCAAUCCACCAAAGACAGAGCUCACCUGAUCUACUCUUAAAGAGAAUGAUGAGCAAGAGACACUCUGAUUGGUUUAUUAUUUCACAUUACGCCCAAAAUUAUUAUCAACCACACCCAUGAUUAAUUUAGAGAAUUAGUACAUGACUUUUGCAUGUUUUGAUACGCGCAAGGCUUAUGUACUUUUCCCGUCAUUACGAUAGCAAAGACACACUGACAUAAACACCCUAAAUCAAGCUGCAUGAUGCACGAGUGACUCACCUAUAAAUCACUUAAACCUUUACUUUUCAUUAUGGGAACUUUAAUAACCCAAAGUGAUGUUAAUGAACACUGAAAACCCUGGUCUCUAUUCCAUAUAACUCCAAUCCCAAACUUCACUUCCUUCUGGGUGCAGAUAUUUAAUUUAAUUUUUGAUUAUGGUGUAUAAUAACAGUUUAAUUGUAUGUGUAAUGUAUGCGUAAGUUAUUAUAGUAGAGGGAUGUGAGUAGGGUCAUUUUGUGAGAUGGGAUUGUAGGUUGUAUUGGUUUGAGGAGAGAAGCUGGAAAACUUUGGGGAAAAAGGAAAAUAGGACAGAAUUAAGAGAGAAUUGAGUCAGAAUUUGAGGAUGAAUCUGAAAGUUACAGAUAGAGGAUAAGCUACACUAUAUUACUAAAAAUAUCACAUGAAGUUUGGAGGUGUGUAGUGAUGAACUCUGAAGCUACAUGAUCUUGAUGGUAAACAAAUACUUUUGGUAAUAUAGCGUACGAUAUUGAAAGGUUGGGGUCAUGUAUCGCAAACUUUUGGCUAUAAACCUACUUUCUCUUUAGUAAGAGAAUUAAAUAUGCGUCAUGGCUGGGCCUUCCAGCAUGACAAUGACCCAAGAAACACCCGAGACCCAUUCACUUAUGUGACUAAAACACCUGAAUUCAAUUAUUUGGAUGGUGAUCAAAUACUUUUGGUAAUAUAGUGUAAAUAAACAUGAAGGCUACAACAGUUACAAUCAGUUGUAUUGUUUAUUUAAAGUAAAAUGAUGGUAAAAUGUAUGAUAGUGUUAAUAUCCAGUUUUUUACAGACAUGCAUCCACUGUCAGUUUUAUUAUUGUUGAGAAAUAAAAGUUAAGUACUAAUGAUAAGUACUGAAAACUUGCAUUUACCAAAAUAAGCAAAUCCUGAGGUCUUAUAAGACCUGUUUUCUGACUAUAUCUGAUUAAUUAUCUUUAAAUAAAUGAUUUGUAGCUUGGUCUUCUCGA